UUUUGUUAAUUCCCUACCCUACCUUGCUUGUUUAAUAAAGCUAAAAAAUAAUAACAAUCUUGAGUUGUUGGAAUUUGUAAUUAAUGACUCAAUCUAAUUACACUCUUGAAAUAAGGGAGACAACUUGGAAUUCUUGAAAACUAAUUUAAUGCUGUACAUCGUAGUUAUUCCCUCAUAUGAGGCCUUGUACUUCUUAAAAUGUAUUUUUAUAGGUAAAGGCAUCCCAUACCAUUGGAAAUUACUGUCAGAAUAUCUGUAAACAAUAGAAACACAUCAACAAGUAUCACCUAAAUAAUAUGGAAUAAUGGACAACUACAAUAAAGAAUCCAAAACGGUACCGGAAAGAAACCCAAAUGUGAUUUAUAAGAAAUUAUCAACAGACACAAAAUAUGACGGAGCUAAAUUGAAUCAAAAUAAAUUUAAGAAAGAUAAUUCAGAACAGUCUGAUAAAAAUCAACAAUCAAAAUCAGUGUCUUCUGAUGGAAAGAAAUAUAAAGCUAAAAAGUCUAAAAUAAAAUGGAAAAAUCUUGAACUUGAUUUUCAAAAUGAUCCUUGGACAUCUGUAAGAACUCAUGAAUGUUCCAAACACAGAAUAUGUUGUUUAAACUUGAAAUUAUUUCAAGACCUGAUUGAGAAGGAUGCAAGCAGUAUUUGUCUACAGUUGGGAUCCUGUGAAGAAUGCUUCAAAUACUUUCUCAAUAAACCAAUUGAUCUUCACACAACAACAUUGUUUUUGAAAGUCUUGAGACAAAGUUUGAAAUCUUUCACACUAAAGGAAAUGAACAACAAACAUCUGUCACUAAUGAUGUAUUCCACAUUCUUUGAUCAUAUCAAUGAUGUAAUUAUUGCCAUAAGAGACAUAAAUGACAAAGAAAAAGACUUCUUAACUGAAAUAUUAAAUAUAUUUAAAAUAAUUCUAACACUUACUCCCAGCCAUUAUGUAAAAGUCAUGCAAACUGUUGGCAUUAUAGAUAUUGCUGUUCAAGAUCCUGAUUCAGAACUUAAUUUGAAAAUGAAAGAACUACAAAAUCUUUUACAAUCUAUCAGUUCUGAACAUGCACCUAGAUCCAGGCAGAGCAGAACAGAUUCUUCAUAUAGUAUUGUGGAUGAUUUUAGGAAUCUAAAACUGAUUCCCACAGUAGGAGAGAUUAUUUCAAAUAAGAAACCUAUCCUCCAUAAAAAUAUAAAAAAAGGUGCUUAUGAAAAUCUUGACCAUUAUCUGGACGUACAGUUCUGUUUGUUACGCGAAGAUUUUGUUGGUCCAUUACGUAAUGGCUUAGCUUUAUUCAUCGGUGAUAAGAAAAUACUGAAUGAUAAAAAAAAUGAUGACUUUUAUAUUUAUCAUAAAGUAUAUGUUAUAGAUUGGGUAACAACUAAGAAUGGUAUUCAAUAUAAAGUAUCAUUUGAUGUUUCUAAAUUCUCAAAUAUCAAUUGGGAACAGAAUAAAAGAUUUAUAUUUGGGUCACUUCUCUGUUUGUCUGAAGACAAUUUCAUAACUACUUACUAUGCUACUGUUUCUGAUAGGAAUUCAGAAGAAUUGCAGCAAGGAAUUGUUACAGUGAACUUCUUUCCUGAUGUUAAAUUGAAUAUGGUAAUAAAUAAGCAAUUUGUUAUGGUUGAAUCAAAAGCUUUUUAUGAAGGAUAUCGACCUAUUUUGAUGGGUUUAAAGGAAAUUGUUUCUUGUGAUUUACCUUUCAAGGAUUAUAUUUUAUAUGCUGAUAAAAAUGUGAAGGCUCCAAAAUAUUUGACAGCUUGUAGCCCUGUCUUUGAUUUAUCUUGUCUCACUGAUAAAUCCAAACUUGUUUAUGAUUAUUCCACCAAAACUGUUAAAGUUCAGAGAACCUCUUCAACUGCCAUUAAGGUUGAUGUUCUAGGUAACAGCUGGCCAGAAGCAGUGUCACUGAAUUUCAAUGAUUCUCAGUUAAGUGCAUUUUCCAAUAUUUUAUCCAAAGAAUUCUCUCUUACACAAGGUCCACCAGGUACAGGAAAGACUUAUAUUGGUCUUCAGACAGUCAAGGUUCUCUGUAGCAACUAUGAGAAAUGGUGUGGCAAGCCAAUGCUGAUUGUAUGUUACACAAACCAUUCUUUGGAUCAGUUUCUUGAAGGUAUUGAUAAGUUUUUAGAUGGAGGUAUUGUUCGAGUUGGAGGACGAAGCUCUAGUGAAAUUCUUAAAAAAUAUUCUCUGCACCAAAUGAAAUUAGAAUUUUCAUGGCAAAAUCAUUUUGCUCUGAAUAUAAACAAACAAAAUGUUGAAAAGGAAAUAAAAGAACUUAAAAGCAAUAUUGAUGGAAAAACUGACCAGUUUCAGGAAACAAGAUAUAAAAUUGUUUCUAUUGAUAUUCUUGGACAAUAUAUGGGUCAUCUUUAUGACUUGUUAAUAGAAGGUUUUCAAGAUAAUUUUGGGAAACUGAAUGGAAAUAAAUAUUUUAUCAUAGAAGAAUGGUUAGGUUUUGGAGAUGUCACAGUUAAUGAAGAAAAUAGUUUUGAAAAAGUAGCUAAUUAUGAUGAAGUUAUUGAUGACUCUGAUGUUGAAUUUCUUCAAAAUAAUCAUAUGCUUGAUACAGAUAUUGAAGAUUUAAGUCAAGCAAGAUGUAAAAGAAAUCCCGUCUCUGAUGAAACAAAAGAAAGUGAUAAUUUAAACAAUACAGAUGGAUUUGAAAGAACAGCAAAAGAAAAAGAAAAAUUGCAAAAGAGACUCAAAGUGGAAUUAAAAUCUACAGAGAUAAUGUCUGUUGAAGAAAUUGAUUCACUCAGUUAUAUUGAUUUGUGGAUAAUGCCUGUUUCCAAACGUUGGUGCCUUUAUCGUUAUUGGGUAUCUCUCUAUUCUUCAAAAUUAUUAGAAGACAUUUUUGAAUUAACAACAGAGUACAACAUGGCUGCAAAGAGAUUGGAAGAGCUGAGAUAUGAAGAAGACAAAAUCAUCUUUCAGAAUUCUUUAAUCAUUGGAAUGACGACUACAGGUGCUGCUAGAUAUCGAGCAAUUCUUCAAGAAAUCCAGCCACGAAUUAUAAUUGUAGAGGAAGCAGCAGAAAUUCUUGAGGCUCAUAUUAUAACAAGCUUAAAUUGCAAGUGUGAACAACUUAUUCUUAUUGGUGAUCACAAACAACUGCAACCAUCUACAAAUGUCUAUAAACUUGCAAAACACUACAAUUUGGAAAUUUCUCUCUUUGAACGCAUGUUUAAUAAUGACAUCGAAGUGAAAUGCCUUAACUUUCAACAUCGCAUGCGGCCUGAAAUUGCAGAACUGGUUCAUCCAAUUUAUCCAGAGUUAAAAAAUCACCAUUCAGUGAAACUGUAUGAUAAUAUCCAUGGAAUUAGUAAAAAUAUAUAUUUUAUUAAUCACAAUCAGCCAGAAAAUGAAGUUAGAUUUGGGACAAGUAAACACAAUCCAUAUGAGGCAUCAUUUAUCACUGGAUUAUGUUGUUAUUUACGAAAACAAGGUUAUGAAAGCUCACAAAUCACUAUACUGACAACAUAUUCAGGACAGUUGUUUUCUAUAAAGAAAUUGAUUAAAACUGAGCGACUAUGUGAUGGUGUCAGAGUAACCAUCAUUGACAAUUAUCAAGGAGAAGAAAAUGACAUAAUUUUAUUGUCUUUAGUCAGAAGUAAUGAGCUUAAUUCAGUUGGAUAUCUAAAAAUUGAUAACAGAGUAUGUGUUGCAUUAUCAAGAGCAAAGAAAGGCUUAUAUGUCAUUGGAAAUUUUAAGCUUCUUGCUACAAACAGUCCACUUUGGGCAGAAAUUUUGUUGUCGUUAGAGGAGAAGAAAAUACUUGUUGAUGCAAUGAUAUUGAAAUGUCAGAAUCAUCCUGAAACAUGUGCUCAAGUAACAUCUUUUGAAGACUUUUGUAAGGCACCAGAAGGUGGAUGUUUAAAACCAUGUGAAGCACGUCUAGAUUGUGGACACACUUGUGCAUUACUGUGUCAUCCUUAUGAUAAGGAACACAAAGGUCAUCAGUUUUGUGAAUGUAAGUCAAGCAUUAGGUAGCAAAAAUUCGUCUAUAACAACCAUAUUAAUUUGUAAACAAAUAUGUACAAAACUUGUGAUAUAAUCAAAGAGUUAAAUAGAUAUUUAUGUAUCUUUUUACUAAAAGAGUAUUAAUGUUGCAGUGAACAUAAAAUAUAAAUGCUUU